AUGGCCAAACUUGCCCUUGUCGCCGUGAUCGCGUCUUUGCUCGGCGCCGUGUCCUGCGAAUUUCCAGUCUACGCCGGCUACGGCUUCCCACGCCCGAUUCCCAACAUGCCUUUUGCAUUUCCAUUCCCACCGUUUUUUCCUUCGGCGAGCCCUGCCCCUGGGCUCAGGGUCGGUUACUAUACCCACAACGGCAGGUGCCCUCAGGCGGAGAAGAUCGUGAAGGAGGCAGUGGAGAAAGCCACCGCCGGCGAGAAGGCCGGCCUCAUACGCCUCUUCUUCCACGACUGCUUCGUCCAGGGCUGCGACGGCUCCGUCCUGCUGAGCGGCCCAGACUCGGAGAGGACGGCUUUCCCGAACCUCAGUCUGCGCGGCUUCGAGGUGAUCGACGCGGCAAAGGCCGCCCUGGAAAAGGCUUGUCCGGGCGUCGUAUCCUGCGCCGACGUCGUCGCCUUUGCCGGCCGCGACGCCAGCUACAGCCUAAGCUCCGGCAGAAUUAACUACCGCGUGCCGGCCGGCCGGUACGACGGGAAUGUGUCACGCGCCGCCGAUACAUUCCUGAACUUGCCCCCGCCCUUCGGCGACCUCAACCUAACCACGGCCAUGUUCGCCGCCAAGGGGCUCAGCCAGGACGACAUGGUCGUGCUCUCCGGCGCACACUCCAUCGGGCGCUCCGGCUGCUCCUCCUUCCCCGACCGCCUCCCGCCGGCUGCCAACUCCAGCACCGCCAUGGAACCCAAGCUCGCCGGGCAGCUGACCGGGGCCUGCAGCGCCGACAGCAGCGUAAACGUGCUGCAGGAUGCUGUGACCCCCGACAAGCUGGACAUCCAGUACUACAGCAACGUCCUGAGCAGGGAAGUGCUCUUCAACUCCGACGCAUCGCUGACAGCGUCCUCGCAGACUGAGAGCUUGGUGAAAUUCUAUGCCGGGAAACUCCCCGUUUUCCGAGGCAAGUUCUUAGGCCCAAUCCAGUGGAACCAUGACUUCGAAGAUGCCAUGGUGAAGAUGGGCUACAUCGGAGUGAAGACCAGCGCCGAGGGCGAGAUAAGGAAGACGUGCGCGUUCAUCAACAAGGCUAGUGCCGUUAUCCCGCUGGCAUCGCACUGGCUCCGUAUGUGGUCAUGUCUCCAGCCGGAGGAGCUGCGCCAGGACAUGGUUUCUGGGUGCAACCGUUUGAAAAAGGAAUCUGUCGGCAACCAGACGCCAACCGACAGCUAG